CUGCUUUACAGGGAGUUUACGGAGAGGCUGGGCAUCUGGGCAGCCUGAUUCUUCCCUCUAAUGUCACAGAGUCUCUCAUUGAAAUCUUUUGGCUGAAACAUCUUAAGUAUUAGAUGGUCCUUCUAUGCUGGGAAGAUUCUUUGGCAGUUUCUGUCCCAACUGACUAGCUGGAGGGAACGAAACAGCCAAGCUUCAUUUGGAAUUUAACUGCUGAAAAUACAGUCCACUUUCUUCAUGGGAAAACAGUGGAGAUAAAGAACAAUAGACUUUUAAGUGUGUUCGUGUGACUAAGAGAAGAUGAUAGCACCUGAAUCUAUAAUCAGCAACAGGAGACUGCUGCAGUGCUGAAUAUCAUGUGCUACCCACGGGUGGCAUGGGUAGGAGUGCUGCUGCUCUAUGUCAGGGCCAUUCAGCCAGUCCUCAAGCCAGCAAUGCCUCCAGUGAUCAAGAACCAUCCUUUCAACAUUUUCUGGGCUGCCCCAACAAUGUACUGUUCGCAUUUCUUCGAAGUUGACAUGAAUCUUCAAGUAUUUAACAUUAUAACAAAUCCUUUUGAGACUCAGAGUGGAUCAACGAUUGCCAUCUUUUAUCCAAAUGAAUUGGGAUAUUAUCCUUAUUUCUCUCAAGAAGGAAAAUCAUUCAGUGGUGGAAUACCGCAGAGUAUGAGCCUUUCUGCUCACCUUAGGAAAGCUGCUUCUGAUAUUGCAAGAGCUGUUCCUUGGUGGCAAUCAGAAGGACUUGUUAUUAUUGACUGGGAAAAUUGGAAGCCCCAGUGGGUUAGAAACUGGGGCAGCAGAAUAAUAUAUAAAGACCACUCGUUAGCCUUCACUAGAGACCACCAUCCUGACUGGUCAGAAGCAAAGGUGGAAGCCGUUGCCCAGCAGGAAUUUGAAAAUGCUGGAAGGAGUUUCAUGAAUGUUACUCUCACGCUGGCUUUAGAAAUGAGACCAAAACGCUUAUGGGGCUUUUAUCUCUAUCCAGAUUGCUAUAAUUAUGAUUAUGGAGUAAAUCCAGUGUUUUACACAGGCAAUUGCCCAAAUGAAGAAAUCGUCCUCAAUGAUCAACUUUUGUGGCUGUGGAAAAAAAGCACAGCGCUUUAUCCUUCGAUAUAUUUGGAUAAAAUAUUGAAGUCAAGCUUAAAUGCAUUGAAAUUUGUCCAUUAUCGAGUUAGAGAAGCCCUGAGAAUUGCUGAAAUGGCUAGAUCUGACUACGUUUUGCCAGUUUUUAUUUUUUCCAGACCAUUUUACUUGAAUAGUAUUGAAACUCUGUCAGAGGAGGCCUGCUUAUCUGUGCAACAAUCUAUUCAAGGGCCGUUGGGCACCUAUGCUGUGAAUGUGACAUCUGCCGCCAAGCUCUGCAGUCAAAGCCUGUGUAGCAACCAUGGAAGAUGUGUUCGAAAAAUACCUGAAUCCUCCUUUUAUUUGCAUAUGCCUGAAAACAGCAGUAAGAAAUAUAUCUCAAACAAGAGCUUCAGGUUUGUCAUUUCUGAAAAGAAUAAACUGAAGACAAUAAUGGACAUGAAGGAUGGGUUUAUGUGUCACUGCUAUUAUGGCUGGCAUGGGGAGUCUUGCCAUUACUCUUCAGAUCUCUUGAGUUGGAAGAACAAGGCUCCUAUUGCUGGCUUUAAUUUACCAGUUUUUCUUGCUGUAACUGUAUGUGUGAUUCUGCUGAAUAUAUUUUUACUCCCUACGACAGUGUCAAUUUUCCCCUGAAAUACUGAAGAGUAAAAAAAAAAUGUGGAUUUUAACUUCAA